AUGUCAAUAAAUAAUUCAACAAAUAAAUUAUUUUCAAAAGUAUUUAAUAAUAUAGUUGUUAGAAAUGAAAUAUUCAAUCAAGUUUAUACAAUUAAUAUGAUGUGGUCAGAGAAUAUUCCUACAAAAGUGCAUAGAUAUAAUAAAUUGAUAGAAUCACCAAAAGCAUUGAUUGGUAAUGACUAUCUUGACUUAUUCAUUAAGUAUUUAAAUGUUCAUGGCUUAGAUAAGAAUAAGAGUUCACUUUACUUUAGGUGGUCAGUUGAGCUUGGAAAUCUUGGAAUACUACAAUAUCUUUAUUCUUUGGUUUCAGAGAGAAACGAUGAAGAGAUCAUAGAGAUAUUGAAAUCAACUCAUCUAAUGGGUUCAGCUAUUUUAAAAUGUAAUAUUGCGAUGUUAGAAUGGAUGAAUCAGAACAAUGAUUUGGAGAUAUUCAAAUGCUCAUCAAAUUAUUAUGAAUUUUUACCAAACCGACCAAAUGGUUUGAAUACAAUGAAAUGGCUUCAGAGUAAUCUUCAUCUGCAACCGAAUGAAAACCAUAUUUAUCCUGCUGCUGGUUCUGGUGAUUUAGAGACACUGAUUUGGGUACUUGAAAACUACAAAGGCAAUCCUAAUGAACCUAAUCCUGAGCUUUGGACAGAGGUGGCAAGGACUGCUGCAAGAAAUGGGCAUGUACAUAUUCUCAAAUGGAUCAAUGAACAUCAUCGACCUGAUGACCACCAGUUGUCUACUCUAUACGGUAUAGCAUUUAACCUCAGUACUCAUGAACAUUGUGAUACAAUCGAUUGGAUUCAUAAGAAUUGGCCUGCUGUCAACUUCAAUCAUAACUAUGAUCCAGUUACGCAGUAUGCAUCGUUGGAACUGAUACGUUGGUUACAUGAGAAUCUGUCAGAAACAAACACAGAGCCUUUAUUCACAUUGGAGGCAAUGAACAACGCCGCUCGUUUCAGCAGCUUGGAGGUUGUAGAGUUCCUCCAUUACAAUCGGACUGAAGGAUGUGAUGGUAGAGCAAUACAUCACGCAGCAAUCAAUGGAAGAAAAGACAUAGUCGAGUUUCUCUUGUCUAAAGGAUAUGAGAGUGAUAUGUUUACAACUACCAUCGCCGAAACUGAAAGAAACCUCUAUCCAGAGAUUGUUACUUUGAUACGCGAGCAUCUUUCGAAAAAUAAAAAAGAACAAUGA